CCUCAGAGUACGUCACGUGACGGUAUAAGCAUGUAAGCCGAUAUUAAGACGACGUCGUGUCUAUAACGAAUAGGUAACUACAUCCAAUAGCUGUGUUAUAGACUAUAUAUCAACUUGGCUUCUGCGGUAUAGAGGUACCUAUCUACCUACUUAGACUAUUCCAGGUCAUAACCUAUUAGAGUCAAGCCAUAUUACUUUCGUCCUCAUACCUACUACCUUUGUCUUUGCGUUAUCAAGACUGUCAGCAUGAGUUUGGACAUCAGUGGAAUUGCAAUAGUUACCGGGGCAGGAAGCGGCAUUGGUAGAGACUGCGCUUUGGGACUUGCGGCGGCUGGUGCUCGAGCGGUUGUGUUCGCGGAUAUCAACCUGGAAGCGGCUAAGGACGCGGCUAUGGCAAGCUCUGAAUUCGCUACAAACCCUAACUACUCGGAACUGUCACUGGCGGUUGAUGUAACUGACAUAUCAAGCGUUAUUUACAUGGUGGAUACUUGCCUGGAACGUUAUGGGAGGAUUGACUACCUAGUCAACAGUGCUGGCCUCGGCGUGAAAAAACCCGCCGAGGUUGCGGAGGCUGACUUACAGGAGUUCGACGACUUUUACAGAGUCAACGUCAAGGGUACGUUGCAUUGCAUACGCGAGGUGAGCCACGUGAUGCGUGAGCAGACUCCCCUUGAAGCCGUCGGCCGAAACGGCCCAAGGAUCGUGGGCCGUGGAUCUAUCGUGAACAUUGCCAGCCUCAACAGCUUCUUGGCAAGUCCGGGCAUCGUGCAGUACACCACGAGUAAGCACGCUAUGCUAGGUCUAACGAGAUCUGCAGCUCUUGAUAACGCUUCGUAUGGGAUCCGGGUCAAUGCGGUGUGCCCUUCAUGGGUCCAGACGCCCAUGGUCGACGCCGCUCUAGAGGGGAAUCCUCCUCUCAAAGAUGCAAUCCAACACAUGAUCCCGCUGGGAAGGAUUGCGCAGGUAGAGGAAGUUUCGGAUGUGGUUGUGUUUCUUGCAAGUCCCAAGUCAAGCUAUGUGAACGGUGUCGGGUGGCCUAUCGACGGGGGUUUGCUGUCAGGACGAGCCUUGUAGAAGCUGGAAUAUACAUCUAUCCUAUUCUAUGACCUGGAGAAAGAGACGGGGAGAGCCUAAGUCCGGUGACUGUCGAUAUUUGCCUACGUCAGGGAAUAUACCCUUCACAUAAAACGUAGGGGCUUGCUACUAGAUAUCUAUGAAGAAACCGCUAUUGAACUUCUCUCAACAUCAAGUUAUCUGCCUACAUACCUAGCCUAUUUUACCAUCUAUCUAUCGAUAUUUACAUCGAUACUUUUGUUACUGUA